UGGUGCAGACGUGCGGAGCCAAGUUGUAGUUGAAGUGAGCUGCGCAGAAAGCCCGGCAGGCUUCAGCCUCAGACUGUAACUGGAGCUAAAAUGGCGCUGACUUCCCAAGGAACAAAGAAGAAAGUUUGCUAUUAUUAUGACGGUGAUGUUGGGAAUUAUUACUAUGGCCAGGGUCAUCCCAUGAAGCCUCACCGCAUCCGCAUGACCCACAACCUCCUCCUCAACUAUGGCCUCUAUAGGAAGAUGGAGAUCUAUAGACCACACAAAGCCAACGCUGAAGAGAUGACCAAAUAUCACAGUGACGACUACAUCAAGUUCCUGCGCUCCAUCCGCCCAGACAACAUGUCCGAGUACAGCAAGCAGAUGCAGAGAUUUAAUGUGGGUGAAGAUUGCCCCGUGUUCGACGGCCUGUUUGAGUUCUGUCAGCUUUCAACGGGCGGCUCUGUCGCGGGUGCCGUGAAACUAAACAAGCAGCAGACAGACAUCGCCAUUAACUGGGCAGGCGGCCUUCAUCAUGCCAAGAAGUCGGAGGCGUCUGGUUUCUGCUACGUCAACGACAUUGUGCUGGCCAUCCUGGAACUGCUCAAGUACCAUCAAAGAGUUCUGUAUAUUGAUAUCGACAUCCACCACGGUGAUGGAGUAGAGGAGGCCUUCUACACCACAGAUCGUGUCAUGACCGUGUCUUUCCAUAAGUAUGGAGAGUACUUUCCUGGCACAGGUGACCUCAGAGACAUUGGUGCUGGAAAGGGCAAAUACUACGCUGUGAACUACCCACUCAGGGAUGGGAUUGAUGACGAGUCUUAUGAAGCCAUAUUCAAACCCAUCAUGGCCAAAGUGAUGGAGAUGUACCAGCCGAGUGCUGUAGUGCUUCAGUGUGGUGCUGACUCUCUGUCGGGGGACAGGCUGGGCUGCUUCAACCUCACCAUCAAAGGUCACGCUAAAUGUGUCGAGUACAUGAAGAGUUUUAACCUGCCCUUGCUCAUGCUGGGUGGAGGUGGCUACACCAUCAGGAACGUGGCCCGCUGCUGGACCUAUGAGACAGCCGUCGCCCUGGACAGCACUAUUCCUAAUGAGCUUCCAUACAAUGACUACUUUGAGUAUUUCGGACCUGACUUCAAGCUCCACAUCAGUCCCUCCAACAUGACCAACCAGAACACAAACGACUACCUAGAAAAGAUCAAGCAGCGUCUGUUUGAGAACCUGCGCAUGCUGCCCCACGCUCCCGGAGUGCAGAUGCAGGCGAUCCCAGAGGACGCCGUGCAGGAGGACAGCGGGGACGAGGAGGAUGACCCAGACAAACGUAUCCCCAUCCGUGCCCACGACAAGCGGAUAGCCUGCGAUGAAGAGUUCUCCGAUUCUGAGGAUGAAGGACAAGGCGGCCGCAGAAAUGCAGCCAACUACAAGAAGACCAAGCGAGUGAAGACUGAGGAGGAGAAAGACGGUGAAGAGAAGAAAGAUGUGAAAGAGGAGGAGAAAACCCCAGAAGAGAAAAUGGACACAAAAGGGCCAAAAGAAGAGCUGAAAACAACCUGAGCACCCGAAUCCAAACGGUUGCAUGAACUUGAGUUGUCCCACACACACACAUGCACACACACACGUGAUGUUAGCCUCCAAGCUAAAGACUGUAAAUUAUUUUCUAAGACUCCUUUUACUAUUUGUAUUCUUAAUGGGCGGUAUAAAGGUUUUUUUUUUUUUUUUUUUUUUUUUUUUUUUUUUUUGCAUUACACCUGUGUGUUGAAAUGUAAGUUGUAUCCUUUCCUUAUCACACCUAGCCCCCCCCCCCCCCCCCCCCCUUUUUUUUAUUUUUCUUUUCUUUUUUUUUUUUUUUUUUUUUUUUUUGCUAUGACUCUUUGCAUCAUUUUUUUAGGUAGAAAUUUCUAGUAGCACCUCCAACAGGACCAGAAGCAGUAGAGAUGGUCAUUAGCUUUGCUCCACCCAAACAGCUUCACCUUUAAGUUAUUUGGAAUCAUGGACUUGAAUACACACACACACACAUACACCGUUUCCUGUAUUAGGUCUUGUCUUUUCUGGAUGCUGCUCCCUGGCCCAGUGUCCUUUACCUCAUUUUUAAGAGAGAAACUUGUUUGUUUUAAUGACGUGUCUGUGUUUAUGGCUCCUGUGGCCAGAAAUAGCAGUUUUAGGAGUUCCACAGUUCUGUGGUUUUGAAUUGUCCAUAUUAUAUGCUUUUUUUGGUAAAGUAAAUAAAGAGAACAUGAUCUCUCA